AACCCGUAUUAGUUGUUUCAACGGAGCAGACGGGGGAGGAAGUCGUGCGUUAGCAACCAGAUCCGGGAUGUUAUAGGGGUGCAAAAAGAAGAAAGGCGCAAGAUCGUAUUUCUCGGUAGAUCAUAUGCCACUCGAGCUACAAGUUGGGUGUACCUGCAGUUGCUCAGUGCGACUGCACGCCCUUUAGAUGCGAGCACGACCUUAACUCUUCCCUGACUCCUUGGAUUUGUACCAUGCUCAAGAUCCUUACGAAGAAGCUCAGGAAUCAAAGUUUGAAUGAGAUUCAGCCCUUCCAGUUGAAGAUUUCCUACACACCAAGUGAUGAGGAAGACAGUGAUGAUUCUGAGGGAGAGAACCAGGAACUUGCUCAGAUUGACAGAGAGAGAAGACGGAAUUGCACCUUGACUCCCUUGGCAACCAAUCAACAGCAAAAUCAAGAAAAUCAAUGCUGCAAAGUGCGGGCCCAUUUUCCUUCUGGGCUGGAUCACCAUAGCUCUGAAGAAGAGUUGGAAUGUAUCACCCGUGAAUUUGCUGCUGAGAAACGGAAGUGGUCUCAGGUCAGCAGGUUUGGCUGCUGCAGUGACAGCUGUAAUACCUCCUCCAGUGAUGAGGAAGUAAAGACCUUGUGUGGCAAAUCCUUCCGACCAGUGGUCGAAGCUGUGGAGGGUUUGCGUGCCAGUACCAGCCCAGUGCUCUUCAGUGCCUCACCUCCUAAGAGACUGCAGUCCUUGGUACGGACCACAUCAUCCCGGCCUAUAAUUUUUACAAGCGUUGGAGGCAGCUUUGAGCAAGGCAUGCCAUGUAAACGACACCGACAGGGCUAUGGUGACAAAGUCGGGAGACCCAGUCUCGAUCUGGAAAAAAUGCAGCAAAAGAUGCUGUUUAAGAAGAAUUGUGGCACAAAGACAAGGAUCAUCAAAAUUCGCCAUAUCAACAGCAGUCGGCCCUCACCCCACUUUGUGUAUGAUCCAUCGAUUUUUGCCUUCCAAUCCCUGAGCACCUUGAAGCCUUUGAGCCCAAUAGCUCCAGUUGAAGAACCAUCAUGUGCCUACUGAACAAUGUACUCAAAAGUCUCAGGAAUCAUCAUAUCAACCAGCUGCCCAAGGGACAUGGAGGGCACAUAUCUGCAAUAGGUUCCAGGAUCCUUGGUAUCAGGAGAUUGGUGUCUUGACUCUUGUCUGUUUUACAUGCCAUAAUAAUUUCUGAAGAUUGUCAGAAAGGAAAUGUAUGUGCAUCAACCAAGCUAGGCACAUAAAUUGCGAUGCAACUAUCAAGAUACUAUUGAUUCACGGAAGGCUGGUUUCUUAUAAAUGGAGUGAGCAUAUUACCCUUAUAACUGAUCUUCAGUGAGUGGUAGCAUUUAGCCAACCUUGACUUAUUUCAGAAGCUAAACUGGGUAAGGCCUGGUUAAUAUGUAGAACCACCUGGGCAGUUCAAAGCUGUUAGCUGGAUUGGUAAACAGGAAAGAAAUCCCAGUCCACAGUAGGGGAAGGACAUCACAAACCAAUUCCAUAACAUUGCCAAGAAAAUAGCAUGGAUGCAGUCCUAGGAGUUGAGCUCAGCUUGAGAGCAUCUUCACAAUAUAUUAUAAAUGAGCAACUGCCCAUGUGCUAAAUCCCCAGCAGUAAGCAGCUUUCUUGUACUUUAUCUAAGAGAAUUAUUCCUUGUAUGUAGGAAUGUUCAGUACAUUAGGAUUUAUCCAGGAAUUGGAAGGAUCUCUGCUUUUAGUAUGAGUCUGAAAGACUAGAAACAUACGAUCUUCAUCUCCCAGGGUAGGUAAACUUAUUUGGUUUUGUGCCAUCAAGUUAUAAGGUAGAGCAAGAAGCUUACUGAGCUGUGCAGCAACUGAAUUGCUUUGAAAUUAGUAGAGUAUGAAGUUAAAGAGACAACUGUAUAUUUUGUUCAGCACAAAUAGAAUUAGAGCUCUACAGAGUCUUAGGAUAUACAGUAACUGGAUAGAUAUUUGCAGGUAGAAGAAUAAAUGAGAAGUUAUAAUUUCCUUUGACUUGUCUGGGUAUCCUUUAUAAAGCCAUGUGAAUGUCACAUGUUCUUUUAGUGAAGUUGGAAUGAAUUCUGCAAUGAUUGGUUUGCACAUCCAACAACAUAUCUUAUAGGAUCCACUUUAAACAACUUAUGAAAUUGUAACAAAAGCAGAAAUAGGUCUAUAAGUUCUGUUUGAUGUAUAACCCACUGGUUUAGGUGGAUGUUAUGUUAGACAUAAAUAUGUGGAAGGAAAUACUUCAUCAUGAUCUGUCUUUUUAAUUUUGUUUUGUGCUGGUAGGAGUAAAGGGCAAAGCAGAAAAAAGGCAUGUUUUAAUAAGAGCAACUUUACAGAAGCAGCCAUAUAUUUCAAGCUCAGCUCUUCUCUACACAUUGGUGAUAGUUUCUGCUUUGCAUUGACAUCUGAGAUACCAAUUAUUCGGGUAAUCAGUUGGCCCAAUUCUACAGGUUUUUGUGCUAACCCAAUGAAGCUUAUAUUUUGAGAUUUAGGAAAUUAAGUUUUAACAAUGUGCUAUAUUGUCUUCUCUAUACAGUAUAUGUCAAAGGCAUUUCAGUCUCAACUUGUAUACUAAUCAUAUGAAGAACAGUGUAGAAAGAACUCCUGUGUUAUAUAUUUUUUAAUUAAAGAAUAAUGGAAACUAUAACUUGACCACUGUUUUGAAAACGUUUGUGCUGUCUUCUACAAUUAAAAAUGUAGACUGUCGGAGUUGAAAAAGAUGGCUCAAAUGUGGGUAAAAUAGCCAACAGCUGUGAGGUUCUUUUUAUCAUUGGACUCUUAAGGCCAGAAGCUUUCUAGUCAGAAUGAAUUAACUCAGCUGCUUUUAAUCCUAGCAGCAAAUAUGUUGGGUUUAUAAAACCUGGUGGCAAAAGCAUAAGAAUAAAGUAAUAGGUGAGUUAUUUCUUUUCUAUACCAGUCUAUAUAAGAAGAAAUCAGGGAUGGAUGGGCACAAUCCUUCUUAAACCACUAAGUAAAUAAAAGGUAAGAUUAUAUUCUUAAUUGGUUUAUUGAGAACAAGGUCAAAAUUGACAUGCAACAAAAUAGUUUUUCUUUUUUAAAGCAAUUGUUCUUUUCUUCUAGUUGAAAGAGGGGAAGUUCCUUUUUAUCUUCUAAUCCUAAAGAUGACUUUUUUUUAAUAGGUUAGUGCACAUGUUGAAGAUCUAUAAUCCGAAAGGAUUUGGCCUUCCUAUAGUAAUGAUAAGGGGAGUUUUCUGUUUUGGCAGAUUAGACUUGACCUACAAACCACCAGCACCUGUCAUAGUCAGGAUAAUUUGGAAUGUGUUUUCAUGCAUAUAAAGCUGCCCUCGCUUUGUUCCAUAGAUACUGCAGAAUGUUUGGGGGGGGGAAUUGGAGGUUUGCUGACUGAUCUAGAAGAUAUUGUUCUGAUACUCUAAGGGGUGUCAAAUUUG